UUGUUUGGUUGUCAUAACGACCACAGCUAAGAUGGCGGCCACGGCUUCAAAUGACGAGCACGUUUCUGCGGAAGUUUUGCGAGGACUCACCCGGCAUUUAAACUGUCUCGGCGAAGACAACAAGUCGACGAGGAAGAGAGCCCUGGAGUCCAUCAAGAGAGAGACGGUGGACAAAAAGCUGUCGGGCGUCGUCUUCCAGGAGCUUUUCUCAGCCCUCCUCAAGCCUCUCCUCAAGUGUCUGUCCGAUCCGAUGGAAAGAUGUAGAGAAAUCGCCAUUUUGCUCAUAAGCGACUUUAUUCGCUGCGUCCCCGAACCGCAAGAGUCGUUGCCUUAUCUCAUGCCUUGCUUGGCGCAGCGGUUCGGGGAGAAGGAGACCCUGGAGCCGGCGGAGGAGCUGCGCUUGUCCGCUGUGGAGAUGUUGACUCUGACGGUGGACGUGUGUGGAAAGCAGCUGGCGCCUUAUCUGAACGAAAUGAUCGACAUAUUGCGGAGAACACUGGUCGACCCUUUUCCCGAUGUCAAAAGGGAAAGCUGCAGAUGCACCGUUAACUUUGCCAAGUGUGUGCCAGAGCAUUUCCACAUGCAGGCUGAGAGUCUAGUGAUGCCGCUCAUGCAGACGAUCGCUCAUCAGCACUCCAAGGUGCGGGUGUCUGUCAUCGAGGCUACCGGGGCGGUCGUUCAGCAUGGCACUGGGAAAAACGUGGACAACGUCUUGUCUCACCUGGCGCAGAGGCUGUUUGAUGACUCGCCGCAGGUGAGGAAAGCAGUAACUUUGGUGGUCGGCGAUUGGCUGCUCAAAUUAAUGGACAGGUACUCCUACUUCCACAAACUCAUUCCUCUCCUGCUGAGCGGUCUUACGGAUGAGAUUCCCGAAAUAAGACUUUUGUCGGCUGAUUUAUGGCAGCGGGUCGGCGCUCAGUGGGAGAAGGAGAACGAGGACGACCUCAAAGACAAGAUGGACUUUCUGCUCACCCCACCGCAAUUUUACCCACUGGGAGUGGAGCGUCCAGGUCUGGGCUGCAGAGAACUGGUGGCGAGGAACCUGUACAGACUGGUGCCGGCCAUCGGCCACGACCUGAGCGAUUGGCUGGUCGCCACCCGGGUCCGAACCUCGCGACUGCUGUCGGUGCUGCUGCUCCACGCCGAGGAGCACAGCACGCAGCACCUCCAGUCUCUCUUGGUCCUCCUCUACCGGGCCUGCGCCGACUCUGAGAGGGACGUGGUCCACAAUUGCCUGGCCGCCGCUAAAGUGUUGGGUGCCUUCGUCUCACCCGAGGUCUUCCUCAAGCUGCUCCUGGAUCACGUCGAUGCCCCCGCUUCUUUGCAUCCAUGGUCCGCCCUCAUGGUGCUGUGCGGCAUGCUGGGAGGAUGCCCCAAAACUCUCCUGGGACCGCACCUCCGGCGGAUCGCCGACACGCUGGCCCAACCUGACGUCUGCCAGGAAUAUCAACAGAUUGCCUACGUGGAGCAAUUGCUGGCCUGCGUGGACACGCUGCUGCACCAGUGUGGGUCCGACUGCCGCCCGAUCAGCCUGCAGCUGCUGCAGGUGCUGGUCACUGUCCAGAGCCUCUCUGCUGAGCCUGGCCUCAGCCAGAAGGCCCUGGAGUGCGUCCAGCGGUUGUGUGAGGUCCAGGGCCUGGGCUCGGUGCCGGCGCUCUACAGGCAACACAUGGGCCAGCUGCUGGACUGGCUGUCCGCGUCUGUCAACACCUGGUCCGCUUAUUCGCCGCACCGACUCCAAAUGCACAUCGUCCUGGUGCAGUCAGGUCCAGUUAUGGGAGAGUUUGUGAGCCAGUUGAUGAUGCUGCUUCACACCUGCCUCCAGCCAGACAGAGACCAAGAGAUGAGGAUGAACGUCUUCACCAUGCUCGCUAAGUUGCUGCUGGACGGAGGCAACACGCUGGACUCUCAGGGACUUUUCAGGGCUCAGUCUGAGAAGUUCCUGUGUGAGGUGCUGCUUCCAAACCUGGUGUGGCGAGCCGGCCGUACUGCCGGCGCCCUACGGACCGCUGCCCUCAGCUGUCUACUUGCCUUGCUGCAGGGAGGAGGCGUCACGUCGCAACAACUGCUGCGCGCAGAGGAGCAGCUGGUCCCGCAGGUGCUGUCGUCUCUAGACGAGGACUCCCCGAUGGGCCGGCUGCUGGCCUGUCGCUCGCUGUGCGCCGUCCUCGGACUGGUGGGAUCGUCUCUGGGCCAGGAGGCCCUCAACAAGAUCUACCCCGAGCUGCUGAAGCGUCUCGACGACAGCAGCGAGGAUGUGCGCGGCGAGGCCCUCCGUGCACUCGGCCUGUGGUUGUCCAGCCUGGGCGCAGAGUACGACACAGGACUGUGCGCGUCACACCUGCAGUUCCUCUUCCAGCAGCUCCUCUUGCACCUGGAUGACCCCGACGGCGCUGUGCAAGACCAAGUGCUCGAGGUGCUGAAGACGGGCAGCUUGGUCCUUCCGGCGCUCCUCAAGAAGGAAGUGGAAGCCGCCAGGGACAACCACCGCACUUGCCACCACUGCGACCGUCUGCUACAGCACAUCGAUGCCAUUCAGGCGCACGGUGGUAGCCGUUCCCCUCACUGACGGUCUGCUCGCUGAUGGAACGCAUUCUUAUCAUUGGACAACAGAGAGGCCUCGGCCCGCCUUGUUCCGUUUUACGAGCCUUUGCCUUCAUCGGUCGUGGACUGUCGCCGCCAAUAAUUGUCCAAUAAAAAGCAUUGUGUGAGAA